CCCUGAUGGGGGUGCCUGUCCAAGCCCACCAAGGUCUGACUGGCCUAGAACUGGCUGAACCCAGGCUGGAGGAGUGAUGUGCUGGCCGCGGGCAUGGGGCCAAAUCCUCUUGCCAGUUUUCCUCUCCCUCUUUCUCAUUCAGCUGCUUAUCAGCUUCUCAGAGAAUCACUUUUCCCAAAUCUCCAGACAGAGGGGCAAGCAGAGACCAAAAUCUCUGGAUGAUGCGUGUGCUGUAAAGAAAAAUUGUCAAUUGUGCACAGAAGAUAAAAAAUGUUUUUGGUGCAGUGAAGAAAGGGCUUGCAAAAAAAUGUGUUUUCCAUAUUUUGGGUGUCGAUUCAUUUCUGUGUAUUGGUUAAACUAUAGAAUUGACAUAUUUGGAUUCCUGAUGCUUCUAUUUGUCAUAAUAUUAAUUACAGGGCUCAUUUGGUAUUAUUCUCCGGUCUGCAUUGCUGGAAGAUCACACACAGUUUAUAUUCACCGUGGGACUAUAGCUGCUGAAUAUGAUGAAUAGAUAACUGAAAAAGACAGAUCUUCCAGAGUGAGAAAGAGGGAGUUUCUUCAAUGGCCUUCCAGUACCAUGUUGAUUGAAAGUGGCGGGGGCGCCUGGGUGGCUCAGUCAGUUAAGCGGCCGUCUUCGGCUCGGGUCAUGAUUUUGCGGUCCGUGAGUUCCAGCCCCGCGUCGGGCUCUGUGCUGACAGCUCAGAGCCUGGAGCCUGUUUCAGAUUCUGUGUCUCCCUCUCUCUGACCCUCCCCUGUUCAUGCUCUGUCUCUCCCUGUCUCAAAAAUAAAUAAACAUGAAAAAAAAUUUUUUUAAGUGGCAAAAGGGGAUAUCCUUGUGUUGUUCCUGAUCUUAGAGGAAAAUCUUUUGACUUAUCAUUGUUGAACAUGAUGUUAGCUGUGGGUUUAUUAUAUACAGCCUUUAUUAUGUUGAGGUACAUUCCUUCUAUAUCUGGUUUUCUGAAAGAGUUUUUUUUUUUAAUCAUCAGUGGAUAUUGAAUUUUGUCAAGUGCUUUUCUGCAUCUAUUGAAAUGAUCAUAUGAUUUUUACCCUUCAUUUUGUUAAUGUGGUAUAUCAUGUAUGUUAGGAUCAAGUGGUAUUUAUUCCAAAAAUGUAAGAUAAUUGCAAUAUCUGCAAAUAAAUCUUUCAUUUCUGUUUGUUUAGGUCACCAUAUAUCCCAAUUUUCCCAGGACUGUUCUACUUUAUACCUGCUGUCUUGAGGUAAAUAAGAGUAGAACUCCCUCAAUAAGCACAUGAAAACAUGUUCACCAUCAUUAGUCAUUAGGAGAAUGCAAAUUAAAGCCAAAAUGAGAUGCCAUGACACACUCACUAGAAUGGCUCAAAUUAUAAACACUGAUCAUACCAAUUGUUGCUGAAUAUGAAGAUGUAGAGAAACUAUACUUUUAAUACAUUGCUGUAAAGAAUAUAAAAUGGUGUGACUACUUUGGAAAAUUAUCUGAUAGUUUCUUAAAAACUUAAACACACCUACCAUAUCACCCAGCCAUUUUAUGCCUAGAUGUUUACAUAUGAAAAAUGAAUACAUAUGCCGAUACCAAUACUUCUGCAUGAAUGUUCAUAGGAGUUUUAUUUGUAAUAACUCCAAACUGGAAACCCAAAUGUUCAUCAAUAAGAGAAUAGACAAAUUAUAGUAUAGCCGUACGGUGGAACACUACUCAGAAACAAAUAGGAAGAAACUAUUGAUUCACAAAACAUGUAAGAAUCUCUUUGUAAAAGAAGUCAAACAAAAAAGGACAUAGUAUAUGAUUCUGUUUAUAUAAAAGUUUAAAAAAGCAAACUUGUGAUCAAAAUGAGAUCAGUGGUUGCCUGGGGUUAGAAAAGGGAGAUGAAAGGAGAGAUUACAAAGUGGCACAAGGACUUUUGAAGAUGUUUAUUAUCUUGACUGUGGCAAUAAUUUCACAAGUAUAUGUCAAAACUUACCAAACUGUACAAUUAAAUAGGUGAAGUUUAUUAUGUAUCAAUUAUACCUCAAUUACACAUUUUAAAAAAUGUCACCUUUCACUCUCAAAGGUAUUUCAGCUUGAAUGUUGGUAAUAUUCUUUCUUAAUCUGGAUGCUGAUUUCAUAGAUUUUUAACUUGGAUAUUGGUUUCAUAGAUUUAUUCAGUUUGUGACAAUUCACUUACAGUCAUGUGUACUUUUCUUCAUAUAUGUUAUACUUCAAUCAAAACAUCUUCUCCCCCCUUGGGGCACCUGGGUGGCUCAGUCAGUUAAGCGUCUGACUUCAGCUCAGGUCAUGAUCUCAUGGUUCGUGAAUUUGAGCCCCACACUGGGCUCUGUGCUGACAGCUCAGAGCCUGGAGCCUGCUUUGGAUUUUGUGUCUCCCUCUCUCUCUGCCCCUCCCCUGCUUGCACUCUGUCUCUCUCUCUCUCUUAAAAACAAACAUUUAAAAAAUUAAAAAAAAAACAAAUCUUCCCCCCAAGAAAGCCUGAAAGAUUCCCUGAAGAAAAACAUGCAAGAAAUACUCCAGUUGGACAGUAAAUUAUAGGAUGACCCUAUCCUUUGUAUUUUUAUUUUUAUAAUUCCAACAAAAAGAAAACUAAGAUUUAGAAACAAUCUACAAAAAGGCAUAAAAAUGGUAAAUAUUUCUAUGGAGACUUAGCUAGUUUUUUCUUUCCUGAAAAAUGUAUGUGAAAGAACUGGCCUAUCUUUAAUGAAGGAUUAUUAUGUUAAAAAAUAAUCAUCUUAUUUAUGAUCAUCUCAUAAAUUUAUGUCAUAAUUCAUGAUUAUUCACAUUAGACUCCUUCAGAGCUAAAGAAUAAUACUCAUUUCAAUAUUCCAGCAAGUUUUGGGACUCAAAGCAACUGAUCCUUUUCAGUUAGUUCAGUGGUACCAAUAUGGUCUUUGGGACAAGAAGCUAUAGUGGAUUUUAAGGAAAAAAAAGACCUUCUAGUGGAGAAUGUAAUUUGGAUUAUGGAAUGAAAUGACCAGUAGAAGAUAGUAAUAUAUUGAGAUACAAUGAAAAAAAAUCCAUGCUUUGAAGGGGAUUUUUAUGUAUUUUAGUGCCAGCAACUCAGUGGAAAUCUUUUCUCUGUGGAAGAUUUUUUUAUUACCAGGAUAAAAAGAAAGAAACAAACAAAUCUUUGAUAUUAAGUAGCAAUUUAGUUAGAAAUUGAUUAAUAAAAAAUAAUAAACUGGCUUUUAAGUAAUAUGGCUUAUAGCAUUUUAAUAAACACUCCUCAAAGAUUGUUACAUUAAUAUGAUGCUUUACACACAGUAGGCCGUCAAAGUGGUGUAGACUAAUUUUGAUUCAUAGCCAGUUCAGGAGAAGCAGAAGGAGGGAGAAAGUAGUAAGACAGAUAGGAAAGAAGAAAAAAAAAUAGGCAUAGUAGAGCAAGAAAUAGCAAAGAAAUUCCCUGUAGGUUUCUAAAAUAAAUCAUUUUCAAUUAUCUUCAGCUGUUACUUGAGGCUCUGAGCUACUUGCAGAGUGUAAAUGAUUCUACUGGUUGCCUAUUCAGUAUCUAUUUUCCCUAUAAAUAUAUGUUAAAAUAACCGAUUUUGUUCAAAUAGCUGUCCUUUAUGUGGCCAUUUCCUCAAGAGACACUGCUCCAAUGCCCAGCCCCAGAGAGUAAAUCCUAACUGGUCUAGGGCAUUCUUACCUUCAUUGCCAAUAAUUGCUUUAGAAAGGACACAUGACCCAGUUCUGACCAAUUAGAAAUGAGAAGUCUACUGGAAGUUUCUAGGAAAGGGUUUCUUACUCUUACAUAGGACAAAAAAGACAGCUUUCUCUUUUUCAGCUGGGCAAUAUUAUAUCUAGAUGUGAUUCCCAGAGCUGCUUCCACUACUUUCCUAUCAUGAGACAAACAAGUCUGGAAAAAGUUGAUACUUAGAGAAGAGCAAACCUGAACAUUGGAAAGAACCUAGGUCCUUGAUGAUGUCAUUGAGCCACUAAAUGAUCCAGCCUGGGGUUGCUACUAACCAGCCAAAUGAUCUUGAAGAUGGAUGCGGGCCUCAGUUUUCUCAACUAUAAAAUGAGGAAGAUGAAUUUUUGACUUGAUCCUUCUGGGACCUUCAGCUCUAUUAUCAUCCCAUGGUUCUCACAAUCUAUAAACCAUUUCACUAAAGUUACUCAACACUUCUUGCUGGUGAAAAUAUAUAACCCAGAGAAUGCAAACCUCAGUGAACUCUGACAUGUUUUUUUUUUCAAUGUAUUUCUAGAAACAUGAGUUUUAGAAGUUGCCUAGGGCCAAGCUAUUAAAAGAUUUCCAAACAUUCCAAAUAUCAAAAGCUGAUAUGUGCUCAGUAUUGACAUGAUCGAAGAAAUAAUUGGUAAGAAACUCAAGUAAGUGCUGAAUAGCAGAGCUUAGGCAGGCAUUCCCAACGUUCCUGUUAUUAUAUUGAUCACAAUAUAAAAAAAGAGAUGGGCCAUGCCAGGCCAUCUCACCUCACUCACUUUUCUUUGGGCCAUUCAUUAUACCUUCAUAUUAGUUUUAUGUAACUUGGUGAUUUUCAUGCUACCUUGACUUUACGAUUUUGAAUUUCCACAGAAAUGAGAUGAAAUGGAUUUGUCUUUUGCACCAGGAGGUCACAGGGACCAUUCUACCUCUUUUACUUUCUGCAGUGUUGUUGCUACUACCUGUUAACUUGUAUCUAGUGUUUCAAAGCCAUUUUCUCUUGGUCUGAGUUUGUUCACAUUUCAGAAUUGCCUGACCUUUCAAUAACUUACUAUUAUUUUCAAGGCAAAAGAAAAAGGGAUUUUGCAUCAAAUGGGGUUUUAAGCUAAAUGAAAUGCAAGGCCUAACCCACUAUGAGAAUUCCUGAAAAAUAAACAUUUUCCCCAAUGGAAUUUUUUUUUCUGUUUUCAAAAACAACUAUCAAUGUUUGCAAGUUAUGAUUGAAAAUAAAGUUUUUAAGUAUUAAUCCCUCUGAAGCGUGCCAUAUGUGUAGGCAAAGAAGUGGUGAUUUUCAUGUCUUGGGAUGUUCCCAUUAGUCCAACACCUGUGCUUGAAAGGCCUGCAUAAGGCAGUUAACCUCUGAGAUGGGAUUCUCCUCUGUCUAGAAAAGAUGGAAAAGAUGGAUAAGAGUACUCUUGAAAUAUUUUUCCAGGCUCAAAUUUCUAUGAAUAAUGAUAUGAAAUAGGAAAUUAGCAAAGGCUAGUUUACUUUCUUCCAUAGAAAUCAAAUAUUUAAUGAGUCCCUGUAAUAUACAAGGUACUAUGCUUUUAUUUUAUACAAGAGUUAAAGUGUUAUAGCAGACAAUUAAGCCAAUUGAAAUGUAGACAUCAUCAUAGAAACCCAUAGAAGCAAGUGAUAGAGAUAGUGGUAGGAAGGGGUUGGUAGUAAAUCCUGCAAUUUGUGGCUUAAAUUGUACCUUAGUUCCCCAUCUAUAUAAUGACAGUACUGUACAUUGAAUGCUUUUGCCUAUUAAUAAAAGCUACCUGGCUUAGAAUGUUAUGAAUUAUUGCAGAGCAAAUGUAAACAUGACUUGGGAAUCUUAAAACUGAUAAUACUCUCACAUGAUGCUUUUUAAAAAAUGUUCAAACUCUGUGUUGGUCAUAAUGGUUCUAACAUUGCAAAUAUGACUGUUGAACCACCAGCUUUUCUCUGACCAGAGUCUUCUCAUUGAAAGUAAUGAUAGGGGAAGCCAGACCAUUUCCAUCCUCCUGCCUCAUUUCCUCUCCUUUGUCUUUUCAAAGGAUUCCUUCGAUUCACAGGCAUAAUUCCACCCAUAAUUCUGUCUAAUCAUAAAUUCUGCAGACUGUCUGCAAGCUUUGCAGAGUUAGCUCAUCAUACCAGACCUGAACUCCUGAGCUGUUCCCUCAAACAUCUCUUUUUGACAAGCCUGGAGUCUCUGCUGUGCUUUGGAUGCUUGGCCUUUCCUGAGCUAGAACAUUCUUUCUCCUUUCCUCUUUCCCCUGACUGGCUUGUCCAUGGAUACAGCAGCGUCUGCCUCACUUGUCCUGUUUGCCUUCUCACCUUCCUAACCUAUUAGUAAUGCCUCUCUUCCUAGGAUCAAACAGGUCUUGCCAGGCCAUCCUAUGAAACCAGUCCUCAAUAUCCUAGAACUGAGCACCAGACAGUAUUUUCCAGUAUUAUGGCUGGUCUCCUAGCUUAAACAUCUUCCUCCUUUAAGAAGCAGUCCUAAAUUUGCUUUGAGAUUCACCCUUCACCUAUUUUAGUCAAAUAGACAGGGUGGGCCUCUGUUCUAAGCCCUGUGGGGUUGGAGUUUGAGACCCAAGAUAGCUGAUUGGUUCAGGGGUAGGAAUGUGACCUCAAAUGACCCAAGCAGAAAAACUGGUAGGAUUUCCUCUGGAAGUUGUAGGAUAGUUGCUAUUUUUCUCCUUUGGUUAAAUUUAAACCUGAAAGGUUGUAAGUGAAGCAAGUUUGAUCUUAAUAUUUGCAGGUCACAGAACAAUAGAACAAAUAGAGAUCUGUGUUCUAAACAUAGAACUGUGUGCCUAAAUAACGUAAAGACUAUAAAAUCAAGCACAAUGUUAAAUACAAAUUAUUCUUUUGUCCUGUCUGAAUGAAUUUAUUUUCAAAAUGACCUGUAAGUUCAGGUUCAGAUUUUUAGACCUAGAUUUCUAAUUUGGAACAUGAAAAGAUCACACAUACUUUGGCUUAUCUCCUCAUCUCACUCCUGCCUCAUUUCUGUACCACAAGAGGACUAAGAAGCCAUAUAUGAACACUUCAGCCUGUUCAUCUGAAUCCUGUACACAUCCUCUGGAAACAACUAACUCUUGGACAUAAAGGUGUGCAAAUUGGCACAUUUAGUUCACCCUUAGGUGGAUAGACUCUAGGAAGAGGCCCACAUAGGGCUGAGAAUUAGCUGGGAGAUUUUUGGCAGAGAAUUCUUGUGGCCUCGAGGGAUAUGAGAAGAUUCUAGGGAAGUACAUGCCUUUGGCUCCAGAGGCUCUUUGCACCAUGGGAGGAGCAUGGCUGGAGGAGAGUCAGAGAAGAGCUGUCUAUAGUGCAAGGUCCAGGGGAGGGGAUCCUAUUGUCUCGAUCUAAGGGUAGCACUUAUAUGCAGGAAACCAUCUUACAACCAUGAGGGUAGGACCUGUCUUAGAAUAAAUACAACAUGACAAAGAAUAACAAGCCAAACCAGGAGAUGGAGAUAACAAGGUUAUGGUUAUAUCAUAUGAGACUCCAUAUAAACCACACCUAAAGCCAACCCUUUUCUGGGAGUGUCCAUUUUCUGAGCUGAUUCAUUUGGUUUUUGCUGAAACCAAUUUGGGAUGAGGUUUCUGUUACUUGCCAACUGAAAGAAUCAUGUCUGAUAGAUUUCUUAAUGGUCUUGUGUCAAUGACUCAUGUCUGAGUUGCUCUGCUUCCUAAGACUGUGGGAUUAACCUUGAUCUAACCAAUCUCUGCAAAUAAGAGAGUUCCCCUACCCCCAACACUAUACCCUGGUGGGGCAGGAGUUCCAUGCCUAGGUACCAGUCUGCCUCAUACCUACAGGUAGAAAGGUAGAAAGGAAAUAAGUACUCCUACUCUGAAAACUUGUUCUUCUGUUUAUUGACAGGUUGAAUUCACAAUUUAAGAAGAUGUAUAUUUGUGUACAAACAGUUUUGUUUCCUAGUUCCCAUGUCCAAUGACCUGUCUGAUGUUAGUACCAGUUAAUAAAUGGUCAGCCCAGAAUUCUGGCCCCCUAGCAGAGACUCUAAACCCUAGAAAUGAACUUCUUGAGGUCAUAUGGUACACUACAUGAUAAUACAUAGAAGGAAAGAAGGAAGGAAGGAAAUAAAAUACAGUACUUUAUAGUUUCAGUUGAUGCAUCCCUAUUUUCCCUAUGAAACUAUGCCCCAAUGAAAUGUGUGAUUUUUUUAACCAAGAAAAUGUUGAGCAUAGGGUCAUGAAUGUAGAUUUUUAAAAGUGAUUAUAAUAACAUAAACUUUUCAGGAUUUUAGCACAACUACAACUAAUCCCUAGUUAUCUAAGAGACAAUGUCCCCUGUUCCCAUAGAUGGAGGAUGUGUCUGCUCUAUUUGUACACAUGCCUUACCACCACCCCAUUCACCACUGGCCAUGUAAAGGAAGGGACCAGGAGAAGGAAUAAAAUUGAUGAGCAAAGGAGCAUAGAUGAGAGAUCAAGAUGAAAGAGCAGAGAGAGACUUGCACACACAAAGCAAGAGUGACGGCCAAGACUCUUCACAGCUCUCAGUUGCUAGUUCUACUCUCACCUGAGGCCCCGCCCACCCCUCCCCCCCCAGUUCUUGCCUAUUAGCUCAGAGAAAUUCCCUGUAGACCUCCAAUAAAAUAUAGGUUUUUUUCCUUUUUAGGCUAGCUCCAAUAGUUUUUUUCUAUUUCAAAUGGAAAUUCUUAACAAACGUAUGAUUUAUAAAAGUUUGUCUUCUAAUUUGUGUGUAGUCAUGGAUUUUCAGCUCAUUAAACUCUAAAGAAAUUCUUAAGAGUGACUUGUUUUGGUCUGAGUAUAUCCUGAAAUUCUGCAAUUAUUGUCACUUACACAAGAAUUUCCUCUUGAAUAAGAAAGUAAAAGAAUGUCCUAUUUAAAGUAGUCAUUUUUGCUGUGGUGUAAUUUGCAAUGUUCAUAGGAUUUUAAAAUAAAGAUCUUUCCCCUG